CACUUAUGGGCGGGGAAUCAGUGUGGUCGUCAGAGUUGAGCAGUGAUCAGUUCCUUCAUCGUUGUGCUUGUGCUUUAUGUGUGAACCGCGCGUUAUAAAGACAAUUCACUUUAUCACAAUUAUCACUUUAGCAGUGUGAGUGCGUGAAGCGUUGCUUUACUGUGGAGUUACAGAGCAGAUGUAUAUAGGUUGUGUGGUGUGAUGGCGUGUUUGUAGUGUGCUGGAGUGUGAUUGGUCAGUGCAGUGUGCGCUCAUGGUGCGGUUGCUGUGGGCGGUGCGCAGAUCAGCUGCUGCGCUGCUCGUGAGAGUCAAUAAACCCGCAGCAGGAGCAGAAUCUCUGUAUUUACCUGCUCGACAGCGCAUAGAUCAUCACGGUCAGGUCAGACGGCUCAGUACACCUAUAAGGAUGCCGGAGAUUAACAUGGAUAAUCUGGAUGAAAAGCAGGUGCAGCUGCUUGCAGAGAUGUGCAUCCUGAUCGACGACAAUGACAGAAAGAUUGGAGCUGACAGCAAGAAAAACUGCCACCUCAACGCAAACAUUGAUAAAGGAUUGUUGCAUCGAGCGUUCAGCGUUUUCCUGUUUAACAGCGAGGAGAAGCUUCUCCUUCAGCAGAGAUCCAAUGCCAAAAUCACUUUUCCAGGCUGCUUUACCAACACUUGCUGUAGUCACCCCCUACAUACUGCCAGUGAACUGGAAGAGCAGGACGUCAUCGGGGUCCGACGCGCCGCACAGAGACGCCUCCAAGCUGAGCUCGGGAUUCCAAUGGAUCAGGUGCCUCCAGAAGAGAUGACCUACCUGACCCGCAUCCACUACAAAGCCCAGUCAGACGGCGUUUGGGGCGAGCACGAGAUCGACUACAUCCUCUUCAUGCAGAAAGACGUAGAUCUGAAUCCAGACCCCAAUGAGAUCCAGAGCCACUGCUACGUGUCCAAAGAGGAGCUGAAGGAGAUCCUGGAGAAAGCCAAGAGAAAAGAGGUGGAGAUCACGCCCUGGUUUAGCCUCAUCGCUGAAACCUUUCUCUUCAAGUGGUGGGACAACCUCCAUAACCUCAAACAGUUCAUCGACCAUGACCGGAUCCACCGCAUGUAAGCAAGGACUUAGUUGUGGACACUUAAACGGUUAAACUCUGAUAAACACUGGACACUGAUAAAGGGCUUGUCUUGUUAGACAGCCUUUGUUUGUAAAUGUUUGCACAAGCAGUGAGUUUUAUUUAGUAUUAUAGUUCUGAUUUCUAGAUUAGAACUUUAAUUCACUUACAUUUUAAACUGCCACCAGAAUACUGAGUGUUUGCUGUCUUUCUGUCAGAAGAUUUAAGAAGGGAUUGCUAACAAACACUUUAUCCAUUUGUAUACAGUGCCUAGUUUCAUAUCACAAUAUCAGAGACUUUGCUUUUGAGAGAAUGUUUUGUGUAGAUAAAACUAUCAGGGCUCAUGAAGAGGUUUACAAUUAUGUGAAGUAAUUUUUAGAGAAGUAAAAUAAAGUUUGUUUCUUUA